AUGUCAUUAAACUCUCUGUAUCAACAGGCUGUUCCUGUUUCUUCAAAUUCAUUACGGAAUUCAAUGGACAACAUUUCCUCAGCAUCAUUUGCAUCGUUACGAGAGGAUUUAUUAUCGAACUCUCUUUUGGAUAAAAACAUUUUGCCUUAUAUGACCGAAGAUGAAUUAAUAGACAUGAUCAAAAACAACUCGUCCUACGAACUAUCCAAGCAAGACAUUGAAUAUUUAUGCUUGCAAAGGAGAAGACAUUCCAUUGAUUUGAAACAAGAUCAAACUCCAAUCCAAAGAUCAUCCACUCCAGUCUUUAAAGUGAUGAUUUUGGGAGAUGAGAGCGAACACAAUGGAAAACUUCAGUUUUAUGACACAUUGAUCGAUAAUACCUCAAAAAUCCCUUAUCCAAUCACUAAUGUUCAAUUACAGACGAAUCAAAACAGUCUGUUUCAAUUAUGGGUUCCUUAUUGUACAGAUUUGUACUCAAACUUGAGGUUUUUAUAUUACGAGUAUACUCAUAUAUUCGUAAUGUUUUUUAACAUUGCUCAAAGAGAGUCAUUUAAUUAUUUGAAAGAUGAAUUACUUCCAGAGGUGACUUCAUUCAUUGAUAACUUGAAAAAGAAAUCAUCCAUCAUUCCUCCCAUUCUAUUAGUGGGUUAUCAAUCAGAAAGUAGAGAGAUCCAUGGUGCUGAGGAUGUCAUUAGCUUUGAAGAGAUUGUUGAGGUUGCUCAAUUCUUUAAAUGCUCCAAGUAUAUUGAAAUUCAAUCAAAAGAGUAUCACAAACAAAGAGAGAGACAUCAUUCUCAUGUCUAUGAGGUCAUGGAACAUGUGUCAAACAUGAUGAAACAAGAACUCUUCAAUCUCUCAAUUCAACAUUUCGAAUGGAAUGAAGAGUAUUUCAAAUCCAUGCUUACAGUACCAACUCCUGAGAUUUCAUUUCAUCAAAUGGAAAAGACAUUUCUAAUUUCAGAGUUUAUUGAAGACGUUGAUUACUUUUACACCAUGGAUGGUUCUUAUCCCAAAUCCUCACAAUGUAUUCCAAUCAUUGAUCGAGAAAAACAAACUCUUCACUCUUCAUCAACACUCAAGUAUGAAAAACCAAUCACUAUACAUUCACAGAAAAUACAUCAAAUUCAUGUGGUUGGAAUUGAGAGAUGUAAAUACACGAGUGAUAUUGCAACCUUUACCAUUCCAAAUGAAAGUGAAUCUGUGAAUGGAUAUUUUGAUGUAUUAAGCAAGUGUUUUAGAAUUACCAAUUGGAAGAAGGAUUGUAUCUAUUAUUAUACAUUGGAUGGAUCUAUUCCAACUGAACAUUUCUCUCACAAGUGUAUGGAAUCUCAAAUUGAUUUGGAUGUUUCACUUCAACAACAACAUUCCUACAGUCAGCAUGCUGUUAGUAGUAGUCAGAGUGGUGGUCAUAGUGGUGGUGGUCAGAGCAAUACCACCACUCUCAAUGUUGAAUCUCCCCAUCCUCCUACUUGUAACAAUCUCUCCAUUAUUGCAGUAGAGAAGGGAAAGUUAAAGAGUUCCAUUCGAUCUUUUAUCAUUCCACCUACCCUUCAAUUACCAAAUGUGAAAUAUGAUGCUAUUGAUUCUACAUUUACUAUUGAUACUGUUCCUGGAGUAGUCUAUCGAUACACAUUGGAUGGAUCCAUUCCAACACAUCCAUUCGAUUCUAAUAACAACAACUCGAGUAACACCACAUUUACCUAUACAAGGAGUGUCAUGUUACCUAAAAAAGAAUCAGUGAAAUGUAUCAAAGUGAUUGGUUAUCCUAAAUUGAGUUUUCCUUCUGCAUGUGUGGAAAUUCAGGCAAAACCAUUAAUGCAAGAACAUUUAUCAUCACCCUCUUCUCAAGUGAAAUUGAAUAACACUGCAUUGAAAAGAAUGAAAAAUCAUUCUUCACCUCCAACAACAUCGAGUACUAUUAAUACUAAUACUACGAAUACUAUUAAUACUACUACGAGUACUAAUACUACCUUAUUUCCUUCAACAACCUCAGCAACCUCAGCAACAAACAAUAGUAUGACAACCAAUCAUCAUCACUCAAUGACAACACACAAGUCAUCUCCAAGAAGUGACAAGUCUACUACUGCUACUACUGUCAUACCUAAGAAGAAAGAGAUGACAGAAACAACAACCACAUCAACAAUCAACAGUGCUGUAUCUACUCCUCUCGUUCAAAUAGAAGAAGAAAAAACAUCAUCAAGAAACAAGAAGAACACACCACCUCUUCACAAUGGAUCAUUGAACAUGUUGUUGUCCAACUACAACUCUCCUAGUACUUUCAUUUCAAGAUCUGACAAACAUGACACAACCUCAGACAGUCCCUUCAAUGAUGAGUUUAGUUUACAUUCAAAGAAUCAUCCGUCCAUGCAAAAAACUGUUCCUGUCGAUAAUACCAAUGCACAACUGAACCUGGACCAUAUUCAACGCUCUGCAAAUGAAUCCUCUGGUCAUUAUCAUCAUUUGGAGAACAGUCAUGACAUGACUCAACAAUAUCAUCAACAUCCUCUCACUCCUCGUCAACAACAAUCUACAUCUUCAAAAACACCAAAAUUCCUUAAAACAUCAACCACUAAUGAUUUCAAAGUUCAAUGCAAAGCAGAAGGUAGCAAUGUCAUCUUUUCUUUUGAUCGACAAGUAUCAGUUAAAAGAAUUAGGAUUACUACACCUGGAUCAAGAAAAGGGCCACAAUUCUAUGCAUGUUAUGUUCCAAUGCAAACGAAUCAUGCUAGAAGCAUCAAAAUGAAAGUUGGAGAAGGAGAGUUGCAAGAUAUUGACAGUAUUCAAUAUUUGGAUUUGUUUAAAGACCAAGUGGACGGAGCCAUUGUGUGCAAAGAGUUGAUCUGCACGUUCAGUCCAUUUGAGGGACAACGAUCUUUUAAAAUUGUGGACAUGAAGAUUGAGUGCAAUAAACUUUCUUGA